ACUCAUCCCUUUUGCAGUUCGAAUCCGUCGUGGGAAAGUUGCUCCGGUCGAUUGUGCUGCGGCUUUUGUAAUACAAAACCUCUCUUUGCUUCAUACAACUGCAAAAGGCGUUCCGUUGCGAGCUCUAGUGCUGCCUUUUGGUUGAGAACGUCGUCGUCAUCGUCGUGGUGCGUUUUCUGUCGAAUGCAAAGUUACAGUAGUGGGUAGUGAUAGAAAAAGUGCGGCUGAAACUCAAUUCGUAGAAUUUCGAGCCUUCUGGAAGUGUAUUUUUUUAGUUGGAAUAGUGUGUGGGUGUAGUUAUCCGGAUAAGAAAAUGUGUCGUUUUGCCGGAUAACAAAUAUCGAAAGAAUUCACGAGGCGGAUCAUCUGCUGGAAUUUUAUGCAUUUCUCGAGAUUUGGGCUAGCGAACGAAAAAAAAAUUGAAGAAGAAGAAACUAUAGAAGGCUCAGCCCAGCAUACAUGGAUUGCGUAGAAAACGGAAAGAAUAGUGUUGAAAAGCUGAAUUAUCAAAUCCGGUCAGCAAUUUCCAGAUUUAGAACCAUACCCAAGUGAAGCAGUAGAUACUGCUGUUAAUCGAAUAUUUUACACGGCCAACGAUAGUCGCGAAAUCAUAACAAUCCGUAGGACGUCCCCGGUAACGCAAGAGGUCGAUCAAGAAAUUUGCAACGAAAUUGCCCUAUGGGACCCAAGGAGAAACAUUUGUGCUACGAGAGAUUCGCUCACAAUACGAUGGUAUGUUCCGAAGGCGAGGAAGCACUGUGCAUCAUCAAGGAUCCACGCGUUGAGGCCCCACAGAGGCGGUUCGCCAUCAGAGUAAGAUCCCACUACACGGUCGCCAAGCUGUACGAAGAUGUUGCACUACAAACUGUGUAUCCGGACUUUGAACUUGUGAUCCCGUACGACGAGAACAUAUCCAGUACCAAGGGAGUUACUUUGCAUAAUCAAAAACACCGAACGCUCUCAGAUGCAGGUAUCACGUUUGGAUCCAACAACACACUAAUCAUAAUACCCAGGGUUGAAGAUUAUUCAUCUGCAAAUAUAACAGUAGAAACGGAAAUGUCUUCCGACGAUGAUCUAGCCCUUGGCGCUUCUGCGAGCCCCGUAGAGUUAGCCAACUACAACAUACCUGCACCGCCGUCCCUUCCAGCUCCACUAUUCGAUGGUUCACCACAGCUGGCUGAUACACACGACGCAAGGUCGCCUCGUCUGCGUCGUUACAAUGGCGAACAUUCGCAGGCCUUGUCACACAAUUACCGCGGUUUGGUGAAUCAAGCGAUGACCUGUUAUCUGAACAGUCUACUGCAGGCACUGUUCAUGACACCUGAAUUUCGCAACGCACUGUACAAAUGGGAGUUUGAUGGUAAGGAUGAGGCCAAAUCAAUUCCAUACCAGCUGCAGAAGCUGUUCGUUAAUCUACAAACUUCACCAAAGUCAGCCGUGGAGACUACGGAUUUGACGCGCAGUUUCGGCUGGGAUUCAGCUGAUGGCUGGCAACAACACGAUAUUCAAGAACUGUGUCGUGUCAUGUUCGAUGCACUAGAGCAAAAAUUCAAACAUACUAAACAAGCUGAUUUGAUCAAUCGUUUGUACGAGGGCAAAAUGAUUGAUUAUGUUAAAUGCUUGGAGUGCAACACGGAUAAACAGCGCGAGGACAAGUUUCUAGAUAUUCCACUUCCGGUGCGACCGUUCGGUAGUACUGUAGCUUACGAAAGCAUCGAGGAUGCUAUGAGAGCUUUUGUUCAGCCUGAAAUACUGGAUGGUAAUAAUCAGUACUUCUGUGAAACUUGCAACAAAAAGUGCGAUGCCCAUAAAGGACUAAAAUUCACAAAGUUUCCAUAUAUUUUGACCUUACAUCUCAAAAGGUUCGACUUUGAUUACCAAACUUUACAUCGCAUUAAACUGAAUGAUAAAGUUACGUUUCCACAGUCAUUGAACCUUAACAAUUUCAUCGAUGGGGUACCGGCUACUGCCAGCGACAAAGUUACAACUAACGGUCACGGUAUAGUUCCCCCAAUGCAAAUGGAAACAGCUGAGAACUUUAUGAAAGCGUACGAUGAGUGCAGUACCAUCGAUAGUGGAUCGGCUUUGGAGGAUGAUUCGUGUUUCCAGAACGGUACCUCGGUUUCAUCGACGACAACAACACCGAAUGAUCAAGAUGACGACGAGGGUAUCGAUAUGGAGUUGAAUGGGGAUAGCAAAUCUCCUUCGGUCAGUAACUUUAACGCCCCUGGGCCCUAUUUGUACGAGCUGUUCGCUAUUAUGAUCCAUUCUGGCAGUGCCUCUGGUGGUCAUUAUUAUGCCUACAUUAAGGAUUUUCAAACCUGCAAAUGGUUCUCGUUCAAUGACCAAACUGUGUCUCCGAUCUCUCACGACGACAUCCAGAAGUCAUUUGGAGGAAGUGCUUCCAAGGCGUACUACUCCGGCGCUUACAGUUCCAGCACAAACGCUUACAUGUUGAUGUACCGACAGAUUGAUGCAUCGAAAAACUUUUCUCCAAUUCAUGAAGAGCAGUUCCCCGAUCACAUCAAGAAAUUGGUAUCCAAAAUCCGCGAAUCGGAGGCAUGCCGUAGCAAGGUCGACUCUGACGCGUUGCAAGUGAGGGUUUACUUUGAAAAUCCCAAAACACGAGCUAUCAAGAGCUACAAAAUGUACCUGCUAACCAACAAUACGCUGGCGGAAACGUUGGAAGAGGCCUACCGGGUGUUGAAAGUAAAAGGAAUUGUUCCGAUCGAACGCUGCCGUUUGGUGGCCUACAAUAACCAAACCGAAGUAAUCGAAAGGAGCUUUGAAGGGAAGGAUGAUGACACGAUUGAGGAUAUCAUGAAGCACCUAGUAAAUACCGGUGAACUAUUGCUGGAAACACGCGAGGACUAUGAGGUUUUUGAACCUUAUUUGACUCCGGGGGGAAUAAUGACCAAGAUCUACAUGAUAAACUCAGUUACUCGCGAGGAGAAUAACUUUCUUUUUAACGUAAAGGGGCCUAUCUCGAUUCGUGCAAACAAGAGCCAAACGAUAAUGGAUUUCAAGAAAAUGAUUGGGCGUAAACUACAGCUGAACCCAAACGACAUUACCCUCGCCGAAUAUCAAUAUAAAUGGGGGCCAAGGCUACUGGAGAACAACGAAGACACUCUACAGGACUUCAUUCAGUAUUGUAAAGUGUUAGUAUUGGUCGGCAAUGCGAAAGAGUUUUAUGGAAUUGUGGCUAAUGCACUGAAAAACGUUAUCAGCUUAUACUUCAUCGUUCCGGAUAUAGACACAACUGUCCGGAAAAGUUUAUCGCUUCCCCGCUACACGCCGAAAUCACUGCCGAAAUCGACAACAACGAUGAAUAGCUAUGGAGAUGUAGUACUAACUAUCCACUACGACAGUAACAGUGAGGACAGUAGUUUGAGUGAUAAUGACCGUACUCUGGUGGAAGACGAUUCUAUGCACACGGAACACAAAGGGGACGUAAGUUAUUUGCUUAAAAAAAAUUUCGAGCCCGAAGACAUCGAUACCGAGGAUGAAGACCGGCUGAACGUAGAAUACGACAACUGUGCAUACUUCUUCCAAGUAACGCCAGUUGAGUAUCACAAUUCAAGCGAGAAUUCGGGUGCGGAGAAUACCUGCAGUAAUGGUGUCGAUAACGAGAGAGUUAUUCAGGUUUUAAUGGACAAACGAGUCGAGCUUGGAUUUCUCAAGUAUAAACUGCAGCCGCAUUUGGAUGUGCCGAUGAAUUAUUUCAAAAUAUUUAAAGACUCGAAGCUUGGCCAAAAUGAAAUUUCGUCACUGAGGGACAAAUUUCACGAAUACAACGACGGUGCUCGUUUCAUGAUCGAACUGGGUCGUGUCUUGCGCAAGGGCGAAUACAAGAUCAAUCUGUACUUUUUCAACGUGAACGAUCUCACCGACGAUAUGGAGAAUUUACCAUCCCUGUGCAACUGGAUCGUCCGAGAUGGACAGCGGAUGGGGCAGGUUAAACGUGAUGUUUUGGAAUACCUUGCCGCCAUAAGUGAGAAUUAUCGUUGCCUGACAUACGACCGCUGUCGGUUGCGGAGAAAAGGGUGGAAAAGUGUAAGCACAAUCUACCCCGAUAAUUACAUAAUCGGAGACGAUGUGAGAUUUACCAGCAAUAGCGAUAUGGUUCUACAAUUAGUAGAUGACGCUACUGGCUGCACACCUCUCUACGAAAAUGAUGUCGUGGUUCUCGUUCGAAGAUGGCAUCCAUCCGAAAUGAAAUUGGGCAAAUUUCAAGAAGUUAUAUUACCCGCUGAAAGUGAGUUGACAUCCACACUGUCCAAAAUAAGUGGGAUACCUGAGGAAAAUCUAGAGUACACCAAAGUGGAGGUUCGAGACACUUUAUCCGUCCUGCAGAUCCACAACUCGCUGCGGUGGACAUCAACACCUAUACGUACCAAUGAUUAUACGGAACAUAUGAUCCAAGACGGUGCAAUAUUCUACUGCAGAGAUAAAACGGAAGCACUAAUGGAGCUAACAGCGGAGGAGCGCAAAGAGCUAACCAAAAAGGAUAUUCACAGCAGUGCCACCAACUCGCCUCGACGAGAACGAGCGUUGAAAAUUCAUGUGGAUGCCUCACCGAAGAAGGCUGAGGACUGAUUGCAGCUAACGGAGUGCAGCGAUGCUAAGCGGCGCAAGUGUUGCAUAUGAUCAACGUGGAUGAUCGGCAGCAAGAUAAGCUUUAUAGAGUGUGAAGCUUGCAGCGCACCAGAAUCAUCGAUUUUGUGUAUAUUGUGUCCAGUUUUGUACAGGAUAAGUCAACUGUGUAAUCUAGGAAUUAAUUUGUCCAACCCAAGCAGAUUGCACUUUCUCGCUGUGUACUGAAUGAACAUGUUUCUUUUUCUAAUGGGCAUUUGUUACAUUUUCUUAUAAGUUUUUAUUCUUUAUUUUGGAAGAAGUUUUGAAGAAAAUGCCUUCUAUCGGUGUUUCUGUAAUUACACGAAAUUUGUUUUUUUUCUGGCUGUCACACACACACCUACGGUAUACCGGUCGUAACAUGAAACGUUGAACAUUUGCAGUAAAAGUAGAAAUAGUUUAAAACAACACCUUGUCCAACCAUUUCUUACUCAUAUUAUAUCAUUUUCCAUGAAUACGAUAACGCAUUACUUUAUUAUUCAUACCGUGCUCGUGAUUCCUGGAAAAUUGGCAAUCGAAGUUGUAUUCACGCAUGUUUUUCUCACCUGUGAUGGUUCGUUUCGUAAUUUAUCUAAUUGUACUACAAGCUAACUUAUAACAUGCUCAUACUAUACACUGGUUCUAUUUUUUUCUUUAGUUGAAUCAUUUUAGUUGCUACCAUUGAAGUUUCUAGACUUUAAAAGCAUUCAAAGCAAAUACGAAAAUAAAUCUGUUCCUUGCUCUGAACAA